UCGGGAAGUUAAUGAUUUGGAGAUGGAAAACUUGGAGUGCAAGGUCAAAUGUUUUGUAUUAAUACUAACUUACCAUUCCAUAAGAAUAUUCUUGUCAUGUCUCUUCUUCUCAGCCGACUGUCGAGGCUCUGUCCUGGGAAACCUUCCUUGGUGGGAAGAUCCUCUUACUCUCUUCUCAUCUCAAAUGGCUUCUCAUCUUCCUUGCUUCAAACCGCUCCUGGCUUUGUCGUCCGCGCUAAUCCUUGUGGAGAGGGUCUCGGAAAACUUUUGUUUCAGAAGAAUACUGAGAGUUGGUUCACUCAUUUGGAAAAGAAGGUGCCUCUGGAGUUGGUAGAUCGAGAUGAAAUGGGAACGGUCGGGUCUUGCAAUGGCUGGGUCGCUACUUUGAAGGACGACGGCAUCUUACGUCUCCAAGAUGAUCUAAACCCGGCUGCCUCGCAUACACACCCGAAACACAUUCCUCUGCCUCCUCUUGUGACUCUACCUCAUUGCCAAACCCAAAUCAUCACCAACGUGUCGAUGUCCUCAUCUUCUCCAGAGGAUGAAGACUGUGUAGUGGCUGUCAAGUUCUUGGGGCCUCAACUCAGCUUCUGCAGACCGGCUCAGAGUAAACCGGAGUGGACCAACGUCAAGAUUGAAGACCCAUAUUUCUUCUCCUCACGUGUCAUGUUUUCCAAGAAAGAUGACAUGUUUCGCAUUCCGGGGUCUGGAGGCAACCUCAUCGGCUCAUGGAAUCCCAACAAACACAAGAACAAUCCCAAGAUUCAGAGGCUGCAGUAUCAAAAUCUUCCCAAGCUCACAAAGAUCAAACGGGAGCUUCUGGAUUUGUGUUGGACGAGCGAACACUUGGUAGAGUCAAGAACCACCGGCGAGACUUUCUUGGUUAAGUGGUUCAGGAAGACCAGCAGGCGACUUGCCCUAAUGAAAACGAAAGCGUUGAUGGUGUUCAAGAUAGACGAAGAAGGAAACGCUGUCUACACUCAAGACAUUGGAGAUCUCGUCAUUUAUAUCUCAAAGUCUGAACCGUUCUGUAUUCCUGCUAGCUCCUUCCCUGGCCUGGAUCGAAACAGCGUUCAAAUAGUUGAUGUCGACGAAUAUGGCGCUAUCCGUCUGCAUGAUUCCUCCAUCUUUUCUCAUAAUAUUAGAUUCGGCGCCCCCUACUUUAUUCCUCCUCAAAAUAUAGACCAAGUUUAGAGUCUUCUCUUCUCUUAAUAAUUUAUGCCCAUUCAAGUAAACAUGCUACUCUGUGAGAUCUUUGGCAAGCAUUUUAUAUGAUCUAAACUUAUUUUUCACUUCUUAUGUUCUUAGUAUUUCUUGUAAAUUUAACUGGAAAUCUCAACUUAAGUUAUUUGGCUAGGUAUAUCAUUUGCUUCAUUAAGUUCGGCAUAAACACAAAUCUUAUAAUUUUUGGUAAGUUAGAUUAGAGACUUUAAGAAGUUACUCUGUAGUUUACAAUGUUUUAAAUGAUCAUGUUUUUUUUUUAAAUUGUGUAUACUACAACCACCUCUUCUUUCUUGUACUAUGUUUGGUCUCGUAUGCGAUGAUCUUCUGCUAAGAGACCAACUUCUAUUGCCUUU